AAAAGGAUACCCUAAUCUAAAGCAAAAUCUGUUCGGUGCCAUCUCUGGAGGGUCACACUUCUCUCUUCGACAGCCAUGAAUCAUCUCCUUCUCUCCUUGAUUCUCUCAUUCCAUGGCUAAGAAUCAUCUCCUUCUCUUUUCAAUUCUCUCGGAUUCCACUGAAGCUCGAGAAAACCGAUUCCAAAUCGAGAUAGAAGCUUGUUGAACUCAAUAUUCUUGACGAGGAUACUCGAAUCGAGAUAGAAGGUUUCAGGACUGGAACAUACUUGCGGCUGGAGAUGCACAAUGUUACUUAUGAGAUGGUCGACUUCUUUGAUUCGUGUCAUCCAAUUCUUAUUGGAGGUAUUGGUUACAGAAGGGAUAAUGCUGGAUAUAUGCAGGCACGGUUGAAGAAACAUAGGUGGCACAAGAAAGUACCGAAAACAACAGAUCCCAUUAUUGUGUCUAUUGGAUGGAGACGUUAUCAGACUAUUCAUGGUCCUCUUGUCCCACUCAACACAGGCUUUGUCGCUUUCCAAAACCUGUCAAGCAAUCAGGCAUGGUUUAGGAUAACAGCGACAUCUGUAGUACUAGAGUAUAAUCACCAAGCCCGUAUCGCAAAGAAAAUCAAGCUGAUUCGGCACCCAUGCAAGAUCAAGAAAAAAACUGCAUUCAUCAAGGACAUGUUCACUUCUGACCUUAAAAUAGCUCGAUUUGAAGGUUCAUAUGUCCGUACAGUUAGUGGCAUUAGAGGACAAGUUAAAAAAGCCAAUCUUAAGGAAGACGAAGAAGUUCAAUCCAUUGGUGAUACCAAAGAAACUACAAGAAUAACUACCCAGUUGAAGCUGAUGCAUAAAGUCAAGUUGGUGACAACCAUAUGCUACGAAAACAUAAAGCUGAUGGGUCGAAAAGGAUUCAGUCUCUACCUUCGAUAUACCAAGAGAAUUCAUGCUUCAGUUGGUGAACAGCUGAUCAAAAAGUAUGAACACAAGUUACAUGAGGGAGAUGCGAUUGUACUUCAAUUGUUCAAAGUGUACAAUGAUAUUGGUGACUACUGUACAACCACACAUCCGUACAAAAUUGGCUUCUUUCCAACAACUUUUGUUGGCAAAGCUGAUGAGUUUCCAAGUGAAGUUCCCGAAAAGUAUUCUGCGGACUACGAUGAUAUCCUUGGUGGAAAGCUUGAUAACAGAUGUUUGGUUGAUGUUAUUGGCCAAAUAGUUAACUUCAGUUCUCUAGAAAACAAAAUGAUAAAAGGAAAAGAUAACAUGAGGCUCUUGAUUGAGUUGUGUGACCAAAAGUAA